AUCCGGGGAAGAGAAAGUUAGGGAAAGUUCGGACAGAACGUGGAGGAGGCGGGGCGGGCGGGAACCAACCUACCGGGCGGAUCUCUGGGAUCCCCACGGGCCACACCCCGGAAAGGGGGGCUUCGGGAUUGCAUAUAAAGCGCGGUGCAGCGGCCUCGGACCGCAGCCGCCCGCAGCCGGCCAUGCACUCCAGCACCUACGCCGCCCCGGACCCCGAAGCUCAGCGGCCGCUCGCGCCCUCGGGCCGCUCCUGCCACCCGCUGCCCUGGGCCGUGAGCGCCGCGCUGCUGCUGCUCGCCGCCGCCUGCGCCGCCUGCCUGGUGCGCGCCUGGGCCGCGCCCGGGGCUCCUGCAUCGCAGGUCCCCGGCUCCGCGCGCAGCCCGAGACUCCCGGAGGGCCUGGAGCUGACGCCCGACGCCCGCACCCGCCUCCCCGACUCUCCGCAGGGCGUGUUCGCGCAGCUGGUGGUGGCCGACGGAGUGCAGCUGACCGAAGGGCCCCUGCACUGGUGCAGCGAGCGGGGGAUGACAGGUGUGACCCUGGCACCCGGUGUGAGCUAUGACAAGCACACACACGAGGUGGUGGUGGCCCAGGCCGGAGUCUACUAUGUUUUCUUGCACUUGGCGCUGAAGCGUGCGAUGGCCAGCAACGGCAACAGCUCCGGCUCCGUCUCUGUGGCCCUGAACCUGCGGCCUCUCCAAGCUGGGGCCGCUGCCCUGGCCCUGACCUUGGACCUGCCACCCCCAUCCUCGGGGAACUCAGCAGCUGGUUUCCGGAGCGGCCUGCUGCACCUGGAUGCCGGACAGCGCCUGAGCGUCCACCUGCGCCUCGCGGUCCGGGAGCCUCGCGCCUGGCAGCUCUCAGCGGACGCCACGGUCUUGGGCCUCUUCCAUGUGAACACCCAAGUCCCCACUGGACUCUCCUUGAUACAGCUGACGUGACCCCCAGGCCUAGGUGCCACCCUCUGGACCAAGACUGAAUCUUGCCUUCCUUUCUUGGGGCCCCUGGUGAUGGGGUCUAGCUACUCUACCUCACUGGGCUGGGCCGGGGUCCUUGCUGCUGACCCCCUCUUCCAGGACUCUCCGGGUCCCUCUGUCACUUGGUAUUUAUUCUGAGCCUGAGCUCAGACAGUGUACGUUAUAUUAAUCCGUUCAACUUAUAUUUAUUGAGCUUCUGCUCCGUGCCAGGCACUGUGCAGGGCUAGAGAAACAUCAAAUAAAAAAGACCUCCCCUCCAUCCUUAUUUAUGUUAAUAUGUGAGAAAUAGAGACUCAUUCCCAGUACCCCCCCCCCCCCGCAUGGUACUCAUGGGGCUAGCUUGUGGGAGUCCAAGUAACUAUGCUGUGUGAGCUUUACUCAUUCAUGCAAAUUUUAUCAGGCACUGUUUUAGGUGUUGGGGACACAGCCAUGAAUAGGACAAGACAAACCCCCCAGCUUUUGCCGAGCUGACGGUCUAGUACGCUGGCUUGACACCGUGACUGUGUGUGACCCUGUGUAACUGGGGCAUAUGGGAAGGUGUGAGGUGGUACGUGAUGUUAGAUAAUAAAGUAUUUAUAUAUGUUACGACUUCUAUAUAUUGAGCAUUUACUAUAUACCAGACAAUGUGAGUUAUCUUGAGAUUUAUAUAACUCCCCUGUGCCUUAGGGAUUUUAUUAUUCCCGUGUUACUAUUAUCUGUGCUCUUGAGGUAUUUUACCUAUACUGUAUCUGGUGGUGGAAAUACUGGAUAAUGCCAUUUUGCAGGACACUGCUUGCUAACUCUGUGUUCUGUGUCACCACACUAGUAACUUAACACACUAUUGACCGGGGGAUUUUUGCAGGAACUAACGCCUGUGGCAUUAAUACAUCCCCGGUCAAUAAUGGGUUAAAAUCGGCCACGGUGAGAGCAUUUACACUACAGGAAGUGGCAAAUGUUACAAGUCGGGGCUUGAUUUAUUGUUUGUUGAUUGUCUAUACUUAAAGUGCAGGUGAAAAGGAUGUUCAACAUGUAGAUUACACUUAAGUGGUUCUUUUUUUAAAAAAUUAUUUUCUUUUAUUUAUUUAUUUAUUUUUAAAUUUAUCUUUGGCUGCGUUGGGUCUUCGUUGCUGCACGCGGGCUUUCUCUAGUUGCGGUGAGCAGUGGCUGCUCUUCGUUACACUGCGCGGCCUUCUCAUUGCGGUGGCUUCUCUUGUUGCGGAGCGCGGGCUCUAGGCAUGCAGGCUUUAGUAGUUGUGUCACACAGGCUCAGUAGUUGGGCG